ACCCAAGGAAGUCAGAUGUUGAAGACUUGAAAGCUGAUGAUCUCAUCAAUAUGCUUCAAUCUAUGGAGGAUGAUUAUGGUCGUAAAUCACCAGUAUCAUCUGUUCCUGCUGUUGCUGCCCCUAAAGAUGAGCUUGUUGCAAAGGCCCUUGCUGACUUGGAAGACUGCUUGAAGAUGCCUCUUAAGGACAUAGCAACCUCAGAAGCCAAUAGUCUUCGUCUACAAACAGCUCUCAACUUCUUGUCGUGCCUCUCCUUGGAAGAUGGAGCUAUAUCCCAUGGAGUUAUGGCUAUGAUAAAAUCUAUGCAUAAAGAUUUUCCUAUCAUUUUGUCUUCUUUCAAGCAAGCAUUUGCCAUUGUCAAUAAAUUUGCAGACCUUGAAGAAAGAGAUAUGAGGAUCAAGGAGGAGCUAACUCAACGAAAGGAUGCUGCUAUUGCUCUUGUUUCCAAAAUGUCCAAGACCCAGAGGUUUAUGGAUGAAGCUGAAGAGACGGAAGCUAGGCUGAAGGAGCAGAUCUCUAUGUUGGAGAAACAGAGAAAAGAUUGUGAGGCUGAAAUGUUGUCUCUUCAAGAGCAAAAGAGGAAGUAUAUUGCAGAAACAAAAGAGUUCAAGAAGGAGACUGAGACUGUGAGAAAAAAGAAGUCUGAGAUGGUGGAAGAUCAAAGAAAAGCUUGGCAACAAUUGUUUCAGGCUGAUCAUAAAUGGUCAGUCUUAGGCAGCCAGUUUGAGAAGAACAUUGCUAACAGAAAUCUCUCUUAA